AUGAAGCUCAAGUACCAAGCACAACUUUUGCCACAACAGGGUGGUGCUUCUCGGAUAUGUGCAAUUGCAUCGACUCCAAAUGCUUCAAAAGCGGCUGUGGCGACCACCGAUCGAGCAAUCGUUUUAUUUGAUGAAAAGGGUGAACAAAGGGAGAGAUUCGCCACAAAACCCAUUGAUGCAAAGUUUGGAAAGAAGAGUUAUGUGAUUCGGUGUAUGUGCUUCUCACCGGAUUCUACGAGAUUGGCCAUUGGACAAUCGGAUAAUGUCGUUUACGUCUACAAAUUGGGAACCACUUGGUCCGAGAAAAAAGUGAUCGUGAACAAGUUACUACAAACGUCUUGUGUCUCGGCGUUGAGCUGGCCCUUCGAAGACAAGUUGUUGAUUGGGUUAACCGAUGGAAAAGUUCGCAUCGGUCUCAUCAAAAAUAACAAAUGUUCUUCGUUGUAUAAGACUGAUCAAGCGGUUGUUUCACUUUCAACAAAUCCAAAGAAGACGGCUUUCAUCUCUGGGCAUUUCGAUGGGAGCAUUAUUCUCUUCAUUUUUGCUAGUAAAUCACAAAGUAAAAUCUGCACUCACCAAGUGACACCUUACUCUCUGGUUUUCACAUCACACGGAUUGUUGGUGGCUGGAAGUGAUCAAAGAGUGCUUUCCUACUCAGAAAAUGGAGUUGUUCAACAGCAAUGGGACUUUUCGGAGGAAUCGGACAAGGAAUUCUCAGCGAUUUGCACCGAUCCAACAGGAAACAAUGUUGUCACUGGCUCCUAUGACAAAUUGAGAUUAUUUUCAUUCAAUACGAGACGCGGUGCCUGGGAUGAGGACACUCCACUUCGGAUUCCAAAUCUUUACUCGAUCACAACAUUGGAUUGGAAAGGCGAUGGGAGUGCGGUGUAUUGUGGAACACUCACGGGCUCAGCACUUGUGAUCGACUGUUCGUUGAGAAGAACAAUGAUAAAAUCGAGAUUCGAGACAACCCAUGUUGCCCCGUCGCAUGUAAUCCUUCGCGAUGUCACCAAUGAAUCAAGAACAAGUGUUGUCUCAAAUAAAGGACUUCAAAUCGAUGAUAUCAAGAUGAUGGGAAAAGAUCAAUUUGUCGUUGCUUACACGGCAAGCACUUUGAUCAUUGCUGAUACUCAAACGGGGAAAGCCUCGGAAAUCGAUUGGUUCUCUGGUGGACAUGAGAAAUUUUACUUCGAUUACCCGAAUGUUGCUGUCAUUGUGAAUGCUGGAGAGGUCACUGUAGUCGAAUAUGGAAAAGAUGGUGCUCUUGGCUGGGUUCGAACGGAACUUGGCUCAAAGCAUCUCCUUAGUCUUCAAGUCAACGAAAAUGCGAAAGGUGUGGUGAUGAAAAAGAUCGCCUAUCUAGCAGAUCCAACAACAAUUGCUGUUUAUAACUUCUUGACUUCACAACAGGAUGCUCUAAUUGAUUCGAAGAAUAAGAUUGAUUGGCUGGAGCUAAACGAGUCAGCAAACCGCUUACUUUUUCGAGACAAACGAUCUCGAGUGUCUUUAGUGGAUUUGGAGACAGACAAGAGAACAUCUUUACUCAACUUUUGCUCCUAUGUUCAAUGGGUGCCGGCAAGUGAUGUGAUUGUGGCUCAAACCGGAGACAGUCUUUAUGUUUGGUACAAUCCCGACUACCCGGAUCAAGCGACGAUCACUCAAAUUCGGGGCGAAGUCGAGGCGGUGUUGAGAGACAACGAUCGAACGGAAGUGAUCGUACAGGAAUCGACAGCCAAAGUCGCGUAUGAGCUCGACAAUACGCAAAUCGAGUUCGCCGCCGCGCUGGAGAAUCUCGACUUCGAGAGAGCUGUUUCAUUUCUGGAGAAGAGCCACGAUCAAAAUGAGACG